CUUUUUCUUCUUUCUUCCCGCUGUAGCCACCUUAGGAAAAAAAAAGGGGAACCCGGCACCAGCCUUUGAGAAACCGGUGAGAUAAGCUUGAUUUCUCCUUCUUUUCUUGCUCUACAACACAUGUAGAACCCAGAAAUUUCCCCCACCCCUCUGCAGAAUCCGGAUCUGCUUUGCUUUGCUCUGUCCGCCGGCCGCUCCUGCUUUGAGGGGUGUGAUUUGCUCCAGUUUAUGCCCGUGAGUCCCCCUGCACUUGCAGCCGGCCUUCCCCAACCUGCAGUCCGGUUUUUGCUUGCAAAUUCUGCUAGUGUUUUGGCCAAUUUUGGAAGUGCAGUUACUGUUCACAGUACUGUUCACAUCGUGAUUACGUUCACCGGCACUGUUCACACCCCGAGGGCCAACAAUUAACGGGGAUUUAAAUGAUUAGUUUGUGAUAUGAGAACGAUUUUGGGGAUAUUUGAUCAUGUGGAGAUUUAUGGAAAUAGCAUUGUGAUUAGGAAUGAUCCUAAUGAUGAAUUUACCUUGAAUUUGUGAUAGUAUAGAAUUAAUCCUUGAAUAUUUUGAUUAGGUUCCUGAUCGUUAUGUCAGUUAGCACUGAGAUUGAGUGUUCGGUUUUAUGCGAGUGAGGUAAGUAGAUUAUGGUAAUGCCCUUCGAUUUUAAAAGCAUGUUUUGAUUUGUUUUUGAAGUGGUGGCGGGACUAAACCAGUUUUACACAAGUAUGACUGAUUUGAAGUGAAAUGUUUUGUGCUUUUCAUGAAAUUGAGCAUGCCUACUUGAAAUUUAAGUGACUUUCAUGAUGAUCUGAAAGUGAUUGUGAAUUGUGAUUUUCCUGUUAACUUCUGCCUGUUUUGUCUCCGAUGUGGUCAUGUUAUUCGUGACCCUGCUAGUGGGGGAGGUUAUAAACGCUAGCACAUGUCGACAUGUUAGUGAAAGAGCCGGUUCGUUCAACCCAGCUAGUGGGGGUUAUACACCAGCAAAUCGUGGCCCUGCUAGUGGGGAUUAUACACUGGCCAUGACCUAUAGAGGAGACGUCUAUUUCGUGCCCGUACUGUAUCUGUUUUCGUGAUUGUACUUGUUGGCAUGCUUUAAGUUUGAUAAGGGGCACUCCAUAUUUACUUACUGAGUUUAUCUCAUAGUUUUUCCUUGUCCACCAUUUCAGGAAGUGAAACCGAGGACGAGGAAUCCGCGGGAAGUGACGAGUUAGAAGGUUAGCCAUAUUGUAAUUGGAUAUGAAUUUUAGAAACAAUUCAUGAUCUUGU